ACAUUCGGCGGGGCUCUGCGCGAAUAAGUGGCGCAGGUAGGGGAGACAGAACUGCACUGGCGCAGUGCAGCGCUUCCCUUCUGCCCUACGGUGGCCUCCCGCCCCGCCUGCGGGGCUCGCUCACCUCCAUCCUGAACUGGACCGCACUGCUGAGACCGGCUGUACUUUGCUACUUUACGGAAUAAACCGAAGAGUACUUCGAAUACCCACUAUUUUUGUACUGACGAGGAGCUGGUCUAUGAGAAUUUCUAUGGAGAUUUUGGACCUUUAAAUUUGGCAAUGUUAUAUAGAUACUGCUGUAAGCUAAAUAAGAAAUUAAAGUAUUUCAGUCUAUCAAGAAAGAAGAUAGUGUAUUAUACAAGUUUUGACCAGAGGAAAAGAGCAAAUGCAGCCUUUUUAAUAGGUGCAUAUGCUGUAAUAUACUUGAAGAAAACACCGGAAGAAGCUUACAGAACACUUCUGUCUGGAUCUAAUCCACCGUAUCUUCCAUUUCGGGAUGCUUCAUUUGGGAACUGCAUGUACAAUCUUACAAUCCUGGACUGUUUGCAGGGAGUAAAUAAGGCCUUGCAGCAUGGAUUUUUUGACUUUCAGACAUUUGAUGUGGAUGAAUAUGAACACUACGAGCGAGUAGAAAAUGGUGACUUCAACUGGAUUAUUCCAGGAAAAUUUUUGGCAUUUAGCGGACCACACCCAAAAAGCAAACUUGAAAAUGGUUAUCCUCUUCAUGCACCUGAAGCCUACUUUCCCUAUUUCAAAAAACAUAAUGUCACAUCAAUUAUAAGACUAAACAAAAAAAUCUAUGAGGCAAAACGAUUUACUGAUGCUGGUUUUGAGCAUUAUGACCUGUUCUUCAUAGAUGGAAGCACACCAAGUGACAGUAUAGUUCAGAGAUUCCUGAACAUCUGUGAAAAUGCUGACGGUGCUAUCGCUGUACAUUGUAAAGCUGGUCUGGGGAGAACAGGAACUCUAAUUGCCUGUUACAUAAUGAAGCACUACAAGUUCACACAUGCUGAAGCCAUUGCUUGGAUAAGAAUAUGUCGACCAGGAUCUAUUAUAGGACCCCAGCAACACUUCUUGGAAGAGAAGCAAUCAAUGUUAUGGCUGGAGGGAGACCUGGUCAGAUCAAAGCAAAAACAAGGAGUACUUGAUGCAAACAUUAACAGAGUUCUUUGUGGCUUGAAUGACAUAUCAAUCAGUGACAGCAUGAAUAAAGUACAAGACUUGGCUCACUACAGGGAGAAUGAUUUUGGUGACACAGCAGGUAUGGAAAGUCAGAAUGGCAUGACACAAGGUGAUAAGCUUAAUGCCUUAAAAAGUCGGAGACGGACGAGUUCUGCUACAGCUGGAGCUCUGAGGCUGCAAGAUAUGAAACUUCACACCAGGUCAAAAUCACAACCUUUCAGACUGAAUACAUCAGGUAGCACAGAAGGAUCCAUGUCGCCUCUGAAGGCCUCCAAAGUGAUGGCAGUUAGUUCACCAUCUGCCGAAAGAAUAAGCAGAAUUCCCACAUCCUCAGGCUCUAACAUGAAAAGCGCUUCCAUAAACUCCAGACUAGCCAGUUCUCUAGGGAACCUGUAUUCUGCUUCAGAUGAUGAUGAGAGCAAAAUGACAUCAUUGUCCUCUAGGACAGGUUUUUCUGUAAGCCAGAUCUCCAGCCACUUGAAUGGCAGCUUGCAGGUGCCUCACAGAAAUAACCAUGAACUGAACAACAACUUAUACAACAGAAACAGCAGUAGUGGCAACAACCUGAGCAGCCAAACCAGUUUUCACAGCGCCAUGGCAGAUGACUAUACAGCAGCCUUCCUUUAUGGGCCUUACAACUCCUCCAGCUUGAUCCCAGAGUCAAUCAAUUCCUUCCCUUCAGUCUGAAUAUGUUCAGUACUAAAGCCUUGCUGCUUUGGUGAAACCUGUUGAGCUUUAAAAUCAAGUCCUUCAUGAAGGAGAAGAGCUUAAUGAAGGAGCUGCUAACUCAGGGAAGGAAUCUUCAAUACAAGGCAUAUUAAAACCUUAAUAUCAAGAGGAGACUUCUUAACAGGCAGAAAUUUCUUGUUAAUGACUACUGCAGAAGCACUGAUGUUGAAUUUAUGGAAAUAAUUUUACCACGUUAUAUACAGAUUUAAAUUUUAAAUGUUGAGACAGCUUGAAUAUAUUUCUAAUGAGUUUUAUUAAGUUGUGUACAGUGUUAAAAUAUGUCCUAAUAGAAUAUUUUGGUAAGCAAUAUACAUAUAAAAAUUAUGGAAAAAUUAGAAUAUAUUUUAAUUUAGUGUUCACUUUGUUACAAAACUGUAUUUUAAAGAAUUUUUACCUGUUUAUCAAAUAUGAAAUAUUUUUUAUGAACAAGAUGUUUUUCUUGGUUUAUGGGUUCAUCAUUAUUGCUAAAAUCUUAAUGUAAUUACUUUUUCUCUAAUUCAUCUUCUGGUAACCUAAUGGAAGUUUACCUAGUGAGAGACUACUUAUCACACAAUCAACUGAAAGGGCUUUCCACUUCCAGCUGAUAGUCUUUCAUAAAGAAAUGCUAUAGAAGAAAAAUAAAGGGAAAAUAGUUGUUGACAUUAAAUGUAACCUUACAUCUUCCAUUGUGAAGAGAAAGUAAUUUGUUUAAUGACUGAAUUGUACAAUUAACACUUUCAGUUUGUCUUAAAGGAAUGUUUUAACUUUUUUAUUUUCAAUGUAGAAUGUUAAAUUUUGCUAUGCAAUAUAGACUGCAAAAAUGAAGGUAGAAUCUUAGAUUCGUAAGAAUGUGUAUGUACAGUGAACUUGGCAGUGCUGCUUACUUACAUGUUUUAAGCCUACAUUUGCCAAUAUGUGUACAGUUUCACUAGCAAAGUGAAUGUGAAACUGAAGGAUCUGAAGUAAAUGUGGAAAGCAUAUUACAUUUUCACUUAUCAAUUGGACACUACUUAAUUUGAAAACUAUUAUUAAACAUAGAGCUAAGGUAACCCUAUUACAGACUGGUUUUGUCAGUGGUAAAGAUGCUCUUUAGUGUAUAGUUUAAUGAGGUGCGAUUAGGAAUGAGACUCAGAAUGAAGUGGUGUUACAGUUCAGAGUUCUUUAAGUGCACAGUAAGCAAAAAACUGUGAGCAGCUGUGAUGACUUGAUUUACCACUAAUGUAGACAACAAAACCACAACAAUUUGUUACUUCUGAGUUUUCCCCAAUACCUGCAGAAACUUGAAAAUAAAACUUGGUUGAAUUGUCUUGGUUCCUGAAGUCCUGUGAACACCCUGCAUUUGCUUUACAACUGAAGUUAAGAUAAAGUGCCACGUUAUUUUUAAAUAAAGUCCAGAUCUCAAACUGCUAUGGAAAGUUGUACUGAAAGUGGUAAUAAGCAAUACUGAGAGCAGCUAUGUAAGACUGAAUAAAAUUUACAUGCAAAACUGUACUGUUUUCACAAUUGUGUAUAUGUAACAUAUACACACACAAAGUAGCAUAUGUGUGUGCAUAUAUAUACAAUAUUCUGUAUAUGAAUUGUAGAUUAAUGGUAAGGUACUUCUACCUCUUAUAAAGAAUUCUGUCUUGUACUUUGAUAUAAAGAGUUUUCCUUAAUAAAAUAAUGUUUAAUUUUGAAAUGUAGAUAUAUGUAUACAUACAGCUAAUUGGGAAUAAAAUGCCUAUAU